AUGGCGGUACCCACGGCUGCCAUGGGGCCGGGCUCCAUGGCCCACUGGUGCUCCGUGAGCAGCAGCGCGAUGCGCUACGUGCUGGGCAUGCAGGAGCUGUUCUGGAGCCACAGCAAGACGCACGAGUUCCCGGCGCACGGUGCGAAGGUGCACUCAGUGGCCUGGAGCUGCGAUGGGCGGCGUCUGGCCUCUGGGUCCUUUGACAAGACGGCUAGCGUCUUCUUGCUGGAGAAGGACCGGUUGGUCAAGGAAAACAAUUACUGCGGACAUGGCUACAGCGUGGACCAGCUGUGUUGGCAUCCAAGUAACCCUGAUCUCUUCGUCACAGCGUCUGAAGACAAAAGCAUUCGCAUCUGGGAUGUGAGGACUACCAAAUGCAUCGCUACUGUGAACACUAAAGGGGAGAACAUUAAUAUCUGUUGGAGUCCUGAUGGGCAGACUAUAGCCGUAGGCAACAAGGAUGAUAUGGUGACCUUUAUUGAUGCCAAGACACACAAUUUGAAAGAGGAGAAGCAGUUUAAGUUUGAGGUCAAUGAAAUCUCUUGGAACAAUGACAAUGACAUGUUCUUCCUGACAGAUGGCAAUGGUUGCAUCAACAUCCUCAGCUACCCAGAGCUGAAGCCUGUGCAGUCCAUCAAGGCGCACCCUUCUAACUGCAUCUGCAUCAAGUUUGACCCCACGGGGAAGUACUUUGCCGUAGGAAGUGCAGAUGCUUUGGUCAGCCUCUGGGAUGUGGAUGAGUUAGUGUGUGUUCGGUGCUUUUCCAGGCUGUGUUGGCCUGUGAGGACCCUCAGUUUCAGCCACGAUGGGAAAAUGCUGGCUUCAGCAUCAGAAGAUCACUUUAUUGACAUUGCUGAAGUAGAGACAGGAGACAAGCUAUGGCAGGUGAAGUGUGAGUCCCCGACCUUCACUGUGGCUUGGCACCCAAAAAGGCCUCUGCUGGCAUUUGCCUGUGAUGACAAAGAUGGCAAAUGUGACAGUAGUCGGGAAGCAGGAACUGUGAAGCUGUUUGGGCUUCCCAAUGAUUCCUGA